GUCCAAUCAAAAUGCGAUGCAAGUUGAAAUGAAUGCACGUAGAGAGAAAAUAAUCAUACAAAAUCAAAUGAUUAUAAACUCGCAACAGCAACAGCAACAGCAACAACAGCAGCAGCAGCAGCAGUCGUCGCAUGCUGGCAAAAAAUUUAAGAAGCACACGCAACAGUCCACAUUAUUUUCCACCACGGCCGCAAUGUCGAGCAACAAUAGCAACAACAAUAACAAUAUGGGCAACAGUGGCAAUAUUAGCAAUAGCAACAAUAACAACAACAACAAUAGCAACAAUAACCGCAAUCCAACCGAAAUUUCCCAUUUAUUUGCACACUCCCCCACGGCAGCCACAUACGUCCAAGCGCAACUUAACGGCAUCAAUUUCACAGCUGAUAAUCAAACCGUUACAGCCAACGUCGCCGCCAAUAUGAACGCCUCCGCUAAUAAUGGCAACAUUAACGCGAACAUCAACACCAUUUCCACACCCAACAUUAAUACGAAUGCCACCAUCACAACGAAUGCGGCACAACAGCCGACCAGCGGCAAUGCCGGUGUACCGGUCGUCACCUACAAUGGCAAUCAAUAUUGUGUAAUAACGCGCAAUGAUGCCGGCGCCGCCGAGAAAUCGGAAUUGCUGCAAAUUCAUGGCCAAUUCACCACCGACAAGGAGGGUAAGACGAAUAUAAUUCUAAUGUCGCCGGUUUCGGUGCCGAUGCAAAUGCAAAUGCACGUGCCGAUGCAGGUGGAAGUGCAAAAUCAAAAUUGAGUUGAAUUUGCCGCGCAGAAAGCGGAGUCGGGCGCUUAGAGGCUUGCCAUGAAAUGGGUUUACCAGGAAUGGUUCGAGUGUAUUUGUCGGAAGCCAGUAGGCAGUGGUUAAACAGGUAGGCGCGCCGUCGGUAUUCAGAAAGAUUUAACAGUUGCAUUAAACGAGAUAUCGUAAUCAACAAAUCAAAUGGUUUUCCAAAUUGCUGCUUUUUAGUUUAAGCCGAAGAUAUCAAAUAUGAGCGGAAACUGUGUAAUUCAAAACAGUGUUUGAUAUAAACUAGUUCAUGUUAUACCCAACGCACUUGUAAAGUGCAGUCGUAAAAUAAAUUUUUUCGAAAUGAAGCAUUUAGAGUAUAUUUUGAAGACUUUUGAUACAAAGAAAGAACAUUAUUUUUAGAAACUUUAAAAUAUUACGAUUCACAAGACCUUCCUCCAUCUCUAUGGUUCUCGAAAAAUUGCCGGUCGAUCGAGCCAGUGCCGUGCAGACAACGAUAACUACUUUAAACCAAUUAAACAAGUUCUGUACUAUGAAUUGCCUAACAGAUUAAAAUUUAUACCUAAAUUUCUUUGAGCCUUAGAAUACAAACAAUAACCAAUCUUUCAAACAGCAAUAUUUACUCGCAUACUCAAUAAAAACUAGCCUAUUAAUUACUAGACUGCCACUUUCUGUGUCCACGGUAUAUCAUAUAGUUAUAUUAUAUUUCUAUCCUAUGACUCCGAGGGGAAACAAAGGACCUGAAUGAGACUUCUUCAUUUAUUUUGAUCUUUUGCUUCCCCCCUUUAUUAGACCUCAACCGAUUUCGACCUUAGACAUAUCGAUGUACAAAUUUCUUCUUCAGGUUAUAGAAUGUUGGCUUUUUAGAACAUAUUCGGUAUCCAUAAGUCCGUGUCAGAGACGGUUAUGAGUCCAAAAAUGCGGCAAAACUGGUCAGAAAAUGUAUAAUGAAAAUCCUUUUAAAGGUUUACCAUAAGUUAUAAAUAUUUACCAUUUGCCAGCAUAUUUUUACUUCCGUACGGAUUGGUUAAAAUCGUAAACCCUAUUCUUUAUGGUUAUAGUUACCAACCUUCGCUACGGAACGAAACUUUAGCCUACAAUGUAAACAAAACGUUGGUAUUGCCAAGAAGUGAGAAUAAAAUCGUUUAAGUCAGUGCUACAUUUAAUCUUAGAGAAUAGCGUAGGUUAGAUUAAAAGGUCGAGUUAAAAAAGAAAAACGGAUAUCGCUUGGAUGGCUGACGUCACCGAGCCAUUGUGAUACUGCUAGCUCCUGAGUACUGAUCAAAUUAAACUCUCAAAAAUCGACAAAGCGCUUUGAGCCUACCUAGAUGUUUCAACCUCAGUAUUGCAAAAGCUGGUCAAAGGAGAUGAAAGUAUUGAUGUUUCCACCGCACUUUCCUUAAUACCACUUUGAGAGUUAGCGUCCAACAAAAUUUUCAGCUUUAUUGCAUUCACGCUAAGUACGCAAUAACAAGUAAGAACUCAGACGAUUUGGCCAAGAUUGACCUUACUGUGAGCAAGUAGUUCUCCCGCGUUUCGUAAUAAGCUGGGAUCUCGCAGUCACACAGAAGCUAGUUGUUGUUAAGCUCACACGAAGUCCUGAGGUUCAGAGCUACAAUGCAAGAGAACAGAGCAGACGCAAUCCGCAAUCCGUCUCAAUCCGAUGUAAUUGCGGCAUGUGUGACCACUCUUGCGAGUUCAUGGGCUUUACAGAAUAAUCAGAUAUUUAAUAAGUACUCAUCGUAAAACGCGUAUAGGUGGUGUUAGUUUUGUUUAAAAAAGAGAUUUUCUACAAAAUAAUUACAUAAGUCUGUUAAAAGUCACAUUCCCAAAACGUAGCUCUAUUCAGAGGCUUAAAUUUGGGCUUAGUAGCUGAAAGCCUAGACAGACUGUAUGGCAUGUUGAAAAAAGUUCGAGGGAUUUUGUUUGAAACGUAGGCUUUUUAAGUUGCCAGAACACUGCAGUAUAUAUCAAGUUAAGGUCUUUGCCAUUACGAAAGCCGUAGAGUUGGCCUCUAAUGUGUCUGCAGACAAUUGAAAGCAUAGCCAAGCAGUAAGCAGGUAGUAAUUUCGUAUCGUCUAUCGGCCAGAAGUGUCUUGGGAAGCAGGAUAGCAGUGGAAAGUGUUGCCAGAAGCAGUGUUGUAUGUUAGGCCUCAAAAGCAUAGAGAGGGCUAUGAAAAUGUGGGAUGAUUGUCAAGAUGGAUGUACGGCUAACACCCGAAAACGUGAUGACCAUUGGGAAACGCAUGCAUUGUCUAUACGACUAUUUGGAGGUAUCGAUAGUGAGGCCAUAGAGUCUGUUACCGCAUUACUACUCCUCAUGGACCUUGUAACUGAACUCCAUCUGGUAUAUCAAAGGACCAAAACUGGUAUAUGCAUGGCUCACUGGCCUGCCAGGCUAACCUAACAUAAACUUCUUUAUGCCUCGAAGUAAACAAUGGUAAGGGAUAAGGUUCCCAAUAAUUUAUUAAAAUUUCGACUUUUAGCACUUUAUCUGGCUUAACUUCAUUUAUAUGGUUAUUCCCACUUUAGCAAUGUUACUUUAACCAUAACAUUUACUCAUGCUCCCCUCUUUUUCGUGCGUUGGGUAUAAAAAAGAUAUGCAUAUGAAUUUAAGGAGAAAUUGCCAUGUCAAUAAAAUGUCUUCAAGCUAAGACAAUGAAAAAAGUUCAAAAUUUGUAUACACACUAUAAUUAUGGUUCGACAUUAACUCUGUUUGGUUUGCUACGUUAAAGGUAAAAUUAUACAAGUAAAUCUUAAAUCUGAGCGCUGUAAGCUUAUUUUUCAAACUGAAAUUUUAAGUUAGAAACUUAGAAACUUGCUUGCCACAGCGUUGGCUCACUACAAAAUCAAAAAAAAAAAAAAAGUUGAAAAA